AUGUUGUUCAUAAUUGUUAAUCAAGAAAUUAGAAAUAGGACAAAAAUGUCCUUCUGUGAUUUAGAGAUGAUAUUAAAUAAGAUUAUGUUCCUCUUUUUCAUAGCAAGAGAAAACGCAUUAGUUAUUAAACAAUUGAUAUUAAGAAGAGCAGAAUAAACAUUAACCAUAUUCACAUUAAAUACAAUUUAAGGGACAUGAGAAUUUACACUAAUAGCAUCCAUCAUUAGGCUAUAAAUUUCCGUCAUCGCAUUCCUCUAAUAGUACAAUAAUUUUAUCACCACAAUAAGGUAAACACAUUUAAAAAUUUUCAUCAAAUGACCAACCAGAGAAGCAUUCAAAACAAAGCUCUCUAAUACAGUUACUACAUCCUUCUACACAAUUAAAUUAUUAAGAAAAAUA